GCUCAGUGGCGAGCCUAGCGUGGCCCAGUCAAAGCCAACUGUGUUGAACGGUGCGGGUGUGCAAAAAAGUAAGCGCUGCGUUUCGCGUAGGUCAGUGCGUCAGUCCCUUUGGAAGCCAAGUGUGGGGUGCUUCAGGAAUGUGUUGAGGGUGCAGUGCGUGACAGCAGCUUCUCAUCAUCAGUAGGAGUAUUUAUGGGUUCUCGAGGGACCACAGUAACAACCAUUUUCGGUAGUGAUUUCGUAGUUGAAGCAAGUGUCGACAUAAACACGGAGCAGAGAUUUUUGAAGAAAACAGUUGUACCUUGGGGGAUUUAGGGCAGUGUGUAAAAAUCUACAGUGGGUGGGAACCUUUUCAAUACUGUGCCGAAGCGGGACGUGUGUGUGCUUCGUGGAUGAAAAAUGUAAGGGGGGUGGAAGAGAAGCAUCCGGUUGUGAAGAUUGAAAUCGAUACUCAGGUGGAUGAUUGAAGCAGAAAUCCACGUUCUUCGAAGGCACUGCACGGGAUUGCAUGUAUUUGUGCCACAGACUUCCUCGGGUGGAAGCAGUGAAAGAAUGCGGAAAAUGUUGCAUCCGGAGGUUUGCCUGAUUGCGGAACACUCAGCUUCCCCGUCGACAAAUAUCAGAUAUCCGAUACUCUCGAACUAAAAAUCGAACCCAGACAAUGGACUAGAAAUAGGUGAGGAUUGGCAAGCAGAAGGAGAAGCUGUUAUAGUAGUAAGCGAGAAAGCUCUAUUAAUCAGAUUAACGUGGAAGUAACGUGGCAUAAUGGUGAUUAAGGAAUGAAUGAAAUACACUUCCUAGGUUGUUUUCGAAUAGAUGUUGUAUUAUAUAAGUAGAAAGUAUAUCAAAAUUGCAAUCAAAUAAUUACCGGAAAGAUGAAACCGCAAGGAAGCAGAUGCACCAAAAAUCAAAACUCUUCCGACCUUCUCCGUCUAUCACACAUACUCUACCCGAUGAUGCUGUUGAGCGCCUAUGUCGAUUACGUGGGGCAGGUGGAGGCGACGGCCGCGGCUUCCCCGGACGGACCCCAACAGACGGGAAUCAGUUUUGCUCCGCGGUCGGAGCCAGACAGGAAAGAUGGUCUCACGAUGCAUCACUUCGGAAUCACAUCAUCGCCAAUGUUCGGUGGCAACAAUCCCUCGGUGGUCGGAGGGACCGGCGGGUCGGCCCCGUUUGGCUUCCCGCAGUUGCCCCCGCUAGACAAUAAGCCCUACUUCGACGACGUCAGCCCGCGGAAUGUCACAACGGUGGUGGACGACACGGCCGUCCUGAAGUGUCGUGUCAAACACAAGGGCAACCGAACGGUCUCAUGGAUGCGUAAGCGGGAUCUACAUAUACUGACAUCUGGCACCCACACCUACACCGGGGACCAACGGUUUUCUGUGCACCACCCUCCGGAUUCGGACGAUUGGGAUCUGAAGAUUGCGUACGCCCAGCCACGGGACAGCGGUAUCUACGAGUGCCAGGUCAACACAGAACCCAAAAUCAACUUGGCCGUCUUCUUGCACGUCACAGCUGCCCGCGCCAUGAUCAUCGGCUCACAGGAAGCACACAUCCGUAAAGGCAGCACCAUCUCGCUGUCCUGUGUGGUCAACUUUCACGCCCCGUCAAUCACAUGGUACCACGGCACAUCGAUUGUCAACUUCGAUUCGGCGCGGGGCGGCAUCAGUUUGGAAACGGAGAAAACCGACGCCGGCACCAGCAGUCGGCUGCUGCUGACCAAGGCCACCGUCAGCGACUCCGGCAAUUACACGUGCAUCCCAGCGGGGGCCAUCCCAGCCAGUGUCCAGGUGUACGUGUUGAACGGUGAGCAUCCCGCUGCGAUGCAAACAAGUGGCCAGAUGGCACUGCGGUUGGGAUCUGCCGGUUUGCAUCCGCUCGUGGUUGGCCUCGCUGGUGCAACGAUAGCCGCGCUCGCCCCAUGGAUGCUGGCAAUUAAUGGGCAAACUUUGACGACGCCGGUGACGACAGCCGCCGCAGCAACGAUGGCAACGAUGACGAUGAUGGUUAGUGAAAUGCACCUCGGUAGUAGGUGAUCCUGUACAUAAUCAAAAGUGACGCGUGAGAAGUUCGUAGAAGAUUGUAAAUUUUAAGAGAAAAUAAAUUAAUGUUUUAA